AUGGCCUUCAGGGGGCCUCAACCCUGGGUCCCUGCGUCCCUGCAAUACCAGAGGCUGAAGGCUGAGGAGAAGGCACUGAAUCUGGAGUUCGAAGUCUUGAGAGGGGUUAAUGAGGAGGGCAGAUAUGCCCUGCAGCUGACAGCUGAGAACCUGCAGGCCGGCUCGGGGGCUGGGGUACAGUUGCAGGUAAAUGAUGGGGGCCUCCUCCCUACCUGCUCUGCUGUCACCAAUGCCAGUGAGCAGCAGGAUCCUGGCCAGAGCCUCACCCUCACCAGGAACAAGUUUGUCUUUACUUUGCCCAAAGGAUUCUGCAAGAACGACGAUGGGCAGCACAACGCGCAGCGGGUGGAGGUGCUGCGGGUGGGCGGGGCCCCGGAACGGCCCGCCCAGCGGCUGGGCGAGGCCAUCUUCCUGGUCUUCCAGCGCCCAGACCAGCGCCCCAUGAACUUGUGGGCGCGGAAGCACGAGGACCUGCAUUGCGGCCGCCUAGCCCUGCUGCACACCAGCGAGGACCCCAUGGCCCGCCACUGCGGGGGCCUGACCUACAAUGUGGCCUUCCGCCAGUACCUCAGCCUCCAGUCCCAAACUGCCCUCCAGGGGCUUGCCAGCCAGGCCCCAUUGCAUCACGCCCAGAGCCCCAGCUGCCCGGGCUGCAGCCAGGAGGGACUCAGCCCUGAGACACGAUUGUGGCAGCCUCGGACCCAAGUAAGAGUCUGGUCCUUGUCCAAGCGGAAGGAGGGUGUCCAGUACCGCUGUGUUCCGCAGCCGGCAGUGUGUCUGGUGGGCCUCAAGGCUGAAAGUUCCAGGCUGCCCCUUACCUGGCCACCUCCCCUCCCCCCACCCCAGUGUCCCCUGUCUAUGUCCCAGAGCCAGUGUAUGGGGCCCCGGGACAACACUGACGCUCCCUACUGUUUGCCAAGCCCCAAGACUCCAAAGUGCCCAAGCCAGCUGUCUGGGCAGGACCAAUGCCUGGUCACUGAGAGCCCAGAGGAGCCCCUGAACACCGUACAGAGUGUGGAAUCUGUCACCAGCCACCUGUCUCCCCCUAAUAAGGAGACCAUCAUGAUCACUCUCCACGGAGCCACCAACCUGCCCACCUGCAAGGAUGGCUCUGAGCCAUGGCCCUAUGUGGUCGUGCAAACCACAUCUGAGGAUGUGAAGAACCAGAACACCAAGGCUGUCACGUCUGUGACUACAGAGCCCACCACAGCCCCCAUCUGGGGGGACACGGUCAAAGUGGAGCUCCAAGCUGAGGAUGUGGGGCAAGAAGAUAUGGUCCUCAAGGUGGUGGACAAUAAAAAUAAAGAGGAGCUAUUAUCCUACCAAAUCCCCAUCAAGUACCUGUGUCUCUUCCACCCCUACCACUUUGAGCUGGUAAAGGUCUUUCUCCGGGGAGUCAACGAGCCCCUGAUCAACAACUCUGACCCCAUGGUGGUCAUUGCCAGGGUGGUUCCCAACUACAGUGAUUUUCAGGCCAAUCAGAUGAAGCAGGACCCGGCCUUCGUGGGGCUGCCCAUCACCCCACUCCCCUUCCCAAUCCCAUCUCUGCCGCACUUGGAUGUUCCUCAGGUCAGCCAGAACGGGUGUCCUCAGCUAUCCAAGCCUGGGGGACCCCCGGAGCUGCCCUCGUGGAAUCAGUCCUUCGUCUUCCAAGGCCGAGAUGGAGCCACCAAGUUCUCGGAUGACACAGCCCUGGUGCUGGAGUUCUACCCCUCGACUUCCAUGAAAGGCAGUGAGCCGUGGACCCUCAGCAAGCCCCUGGGCAUCUCUGUGUUGCCACUCAAGAACCAGCUGUACCGCAAGAUGCUGACAGGGAAAGGUCUGAAUGGGCUGCACGUGGAGAGGCUCCCCAUCACUGACACCAAGCUGAAAACCAUAAAUGGUGAAGCCCCUACAGUGGAUAUCUCCUUCCAGCUGCUUUCCUCCGAGAAGCCAGAAAACUUCUUGACACCAAACAACAGCAAAGAUCUGCCCAUCCUAGACCCCAAGAUCUUAGAUGAGAAGCUGAGUACCAUCCGUGAGUCCCAGUCCAACACCAUGGUGAGCUCUACAACGGACUACAGCACAUCCACCUCUCAGGAAGCAGAGGAAGACCCUCUGGUACCCAAGAUGUCCCGUGAAACGGUGGCAAGGUAA